GCAGGCUUUCAUUUUGCUGCUCUCUGACCUGUCACCAUGCAUCUCAUGUAUACGUUAGACGAGAACGGGAACAGGAUCUACACGUUGAAAAAAGUCACGGAGAGCGGUAAAAUCACCAAGUCUGCUCAUCCUGCUCGUUUUUCUCCGGACGACAAGUUUUCACGCCACCGGGUGACCAUCAAAAAGCGCUAUGGUGUCCUCUUGACCCAGCUCCCUGCGAAGCCGAUGUAGGCGAGCUGCGGCUUGGAGGUUCGCUGUUCACGGACCCUCGGAUGCAGAAGAGAAAUCAGCAACGAUGGCGCAGCCUCUCCGACACCAAUAACGCCCAUGCGUGAUGGGUGGCAGUGGGAGACUGCCCGUGGUUUUCCCAGCUGUUCCUGAGGAGAGACCGCUCUCACAGGUCCAGUUCCAGGAAUAAAUGUCAAAAGAGCAGUGUCACUUGCGCAGCUAUGUUUACAACUUUCCGGGACUGUCGCGGCGUGGCUCUCCGAUUGCGAUUCUUGUAUUUGUCUGGAAUGUACUCUAGCUUUCCGUAUUUGUGUGUACGCGGUAAUGGAAUUGGGCAACGUCAGGCGUGCCGGCGUGUAGCCGUUC